AUGGACUUUCAAAGUGCCAUGGAGACCUUCGCCGAAGCUUGGGUCGCCGCCAACGCCAAAGGGACACCGCUGAGCGAUGUCAGCUCCCAGAGCCAGGCGCUGGCGUUGACCAGGAGCAAGACGCCGCCCCCGGCCACCGCCGCGCCCGCCACUUCCGGUCGGGACUCCGCAGAUAGGACGCCUACCCCCGCGCCCGCUCGUUCUACUACCCCCAACGAAGCCGCCGUGUCACCACCGUCGGUCAAGGAGGACUUCGAUAACUCCAAAUCAAACUCAGCCAAAUCCCUCCCGGUCCAUUGCGUCGUAGAGGCAAUAGCCGCCUUGGAGGACAGCAGAAUCUUGCAUCAUGGUCCAUGGAGGCGCCGACCGUUGAUCGAAAUUGAUAGUUUCGUGAUAAUUCCCGUUGGAACGCCGUUUCAUAAUUUGGUUCAGGUGGCGUUAAUGCGUUUGGGUUAUUCUUCGGAGUCGGCGGCCGCUGCGAAAGGUUCGGUUGUGAUCAAGAACUGGAAGGCGCUCAGCUUCGAUCAGGUUUCGGAGGACCCUCUGGUUACCGUCGGAGAUAUUCUCGGAGAGUUGACCAGCGUCGCGACGCUCAGGAUUCAAGUGUUUAGGGGUCGGCCUGGCGCCGUCGGUGAUAUCAAGGACAAACUGCUCAAGUUCCUGCUGGUGCAGUCGCACUCGCUGCUAACGUCGACCGGUUGUCCUCUAGACGAGCACAUUCUUUCACAUAUCUGUCGCGGUUCGUCUGGUCCCGUACCAGAAGUUUCCGAAGAAUCCAGAAGGAAAUUCGAUCAGUGGUGGGCUACUCAGUUCAGCCCCCAGUCCCCCACUAGAUCCCAAUACGCCCCCUCUAAUUACCAAUUAACGGUGCCGUCGAAGUCCACGUUGACAGAUGUGGGACACCCCGCCAUACAAAGCGUGCAUAGCCAAUUUCCUACCCAGAAAACGCGUAUGAGGACAAGUUUCGAUCCGGAAUUAGAGCUGCCCAAAUUGCAACGAUGGUUUGCAGAUAAUCAACAUCCAAGCAGACAACAAAUCCAGCAAUACGUCAAAGAGCUCAAUAGUUUGGAAUCUCGCAAAGGCAGAAAGCCACUGGAUGUUAACAACGUAGUGUACUGGUUUAAGAACGCCAGAGCAGCUCAAAAAAGAGCCGAAAUAAGAAACAUCGCUCCAUGUCAUUUAACCAUGAACGGCUACAGCAAUCAUUCACCAACGAACGGUUCCGGAUUUUUAAUUGGAGACGGAUAUUUAAAUUCGGACCGAUUGCAAGAUCAAAGAAUAAAAAAUAGCAUUCAAAAUUUAAGUCGUAGGAAUUUAUCCCAUUUAUCCGACGAAUAUUCGAAUGCAGGAUCUGAUAUGGACGAUGAAGAUAUUAACGAACAACCUAGUAGCCCUAUCGGACCUUUAUCGUUAACUACAAACGAUAGAAAAGACAGUCCGAGACCUUCCACUCCAGAUAUAAAGAUAGAAAAUCUCUCUUCUUCCGAACCCAAAGAUGAACCAGUGAAUUAUCAUUCCCCGAGCAAUCAAUCAAACAAUAAUAAAAUGACGGACGAUGAAGACGAAACCGAUUACAGUGACAAUAAACCCAACGAACUCCACGACGAUGGAAUAUUACGUCCUCAUAGGAUCUGUUCGUCUCCUGAAGUUGAUGGACAACUUCUCCACCGACCCGACGGCUUGGAAAGGCUCGCGGCUAGUUUUCCAUUAGUACCUAACUCAAUGUUUAGCCACAGUAUCAUGUACAUGAGUCAAUACAUUCCCGGAUUAACCCACACAGCCGCUUCUCCACCAGGAUCCAGCGCUUUAAACAUGUCCGCUUUAACAGCGGAUGAAAGACGUAAGAGAAACAGGACUUUUAUCGACCCAGUCACGGAAGUACCACGUCUGGAACAGUGGUUCUCGCUAAAUACUCAUCCUUCGCAUAAUCUCAUAUUAAAAUACACCGAAGAACUCAACUGUAUGGCGUAUAGACAAAAGUUUCCGCGGCUAGAACCGAAGAAUGUACAGUUUUGGUUCAAAAACCGUCGAGCCAAAUGCAAACGCCUGAAGAUGUCCCUUUUUGAAGGUCAAUCAGCAACGCACUAUCACCACGCGGAAAAAGAAUAGAAUUUGGAAACCCUCUUGGUGCAAUCGACACGUACUUAGCUUUAUCGUCUUCGUUCCCAUUUUGCCAAAGACACUGUUGAAUAUUUUUAGCGAACCCCGCGCAUAACGAGUUGUAGAGGAGCCAUUUGUGUUGUAUCAAUAUAUAAUCAAAAUAUGGUAAAACGCGAUAGUGGCGUUAACAGAUAUAGCGGUCAGUGUUUAAAUUAUCCUCAACGUUCGUUCGAUGUUAUCGACCCAUUUUCAUUAAUUAUUUUUUAGUGGUUUUUAUAUUGAUGAGAUUCUAUGUUUUUUUGGUAAUAUUUAUAAUAUCUGUAUUAGAUAUGUACAUAAUAUAUUGAUUUUUUUGCUCCCUGGA